UGUCCUUACAGCUCCUCCCCUUUCCUGUCAUGUGUCCAUAGUGCGCUCCCUGCUCUGCAGUCCGGUCCGGUCUGCAGGUGUGGCCUGUCCUUAAAGCUCCUCCCCGCUCCUGGCAUGUGUCCAUCUCCGGUCCUAUCUGCUGUAUGUCCACAGUCUCUGGUCAUCCCCUGUACUGUGUCCGCAGUCUCUGGUCAUCCCCUGUACUGUGUCCGCAGUCUCUGGUCAUCCCCUGUACUGUGCCUGCAGUCUCUGGUCAUCUCCUGUACUGUGUCUGCAGUCUCUGGUCAUCUCCUGUACUGUGUCCGCAGUCUCUGCUCAUCUCCUGUAGUAUGUCUGCAGUCUCUGGUCAUCUCAUGUACUAUGUCCGCAGUCUCCGGUCAUCUCCUGUACUGUGUCCGCAGUCUCUGGUCAUCUCCUGUACUGUGUCCGCAGUCUCUGGUCAUCUCC